AUGGAUCCUCUCGGCGUCUCAAUCGGAGCUAUCUCACUAGUGAGCCUCUUUAAGACCUGUUUGGAGUUAUAUGAGACUUUUGAAAGCGGGCGGAACUUAGGAACAGACUACGAGGUGCUGGCCACGAAGGUUGGCAUCGAACGUGUUCGCCUCGCGCUCUGGGGAGACGUUGUAGGCUUAUACGAUCUCGUGCCAGGCCAGGGACAUGCCGUGGACCCCCGUCUGAGUGAGCCGCGGAUUGCCAAGGCUGUUUCGGAUAUCCUCAACUGUAUGCGGCGGCUCUUCGAAGACAGCAGCUCUCUGACGAGGAGGUAUGGCCUACAGCCGUCGAGGACAGAUCUCGUGCCCAGCAGUAGCAGAGAUAAUGCUCUGGCCACGACAUUCUGCAAGACAUAUGGCCGCCUGCACGCAUCAGCUUCGCGGAUCCAGCAGAAUACGUCGCUGCUCGUCGCGACACGGUGGGCGAUCAAGGACAAAAAGCGGUUUGAGCGCUUUGUUGAGGAUCUCCGCGGCUUCAAUGAUAGCCUCGGUCUGUUAUUCCCGGACGGCGAUAUGCAUGCUCGCGAAACCAUGGCCACGGAGAUAAAGCAGUCGACGGACCCGGGCAGCCUCCAGAUCGUCGAAGCCGCUGUUGCGGAUCUAGAUGGGGCCACAGAUCUCGCCGAGGCGGCCAGUGUACGAAUCACUCAAUUAUCGCAAUACUCACAGAGCGUGGUCGAGGUUCCGACCAUACAGACGGACGACAGUGCUGUCGACGUGGACGUGCAUCGUCUCACUCGACAAUUGGGGAAGCUUGAGGCUUCAAUGAGCCAGAGGGUUGAGCUGCGAGGUGGGCUGCAGUUUAGCCUGGUCAGCGUCCAGGAUGGCGAUUGUUUCGCCGAGUACGACUUUUACGGAAUGGAUAGCAAAGACUACAUGGUGGAAAGGCACAAGGAGGCCCAAUAUGUGAAGCAUUCGUGUCUGGCGUGGUCUCACCCUAGCCAGUGCCACCGUCUAUAUGAGGGCAAGUACCCUGGAACAUGCACCGUCCACGGCUAUAUCGCUGAAUUCAACAUGUGGAGACGAAAUAAGACUCCUACCAUGGAGAAGAUGUGGAACACUGUGCAAGACCUGCCGGAACUCUCCCUCGAACGGCUGCUCGAGCGGGUGCGCCGUGUGCAGCUGCAGGGAGAUCGGUUCUGGAAUUACGAGGAGCUCGCGGCAAACAGCGGUCUCGAUGAGCUGAUCAGUCCAGAUCGUCUGGAUGCUCGGAUACAGGACCAGGUGAGUCGCCUGUUGAGCACGCUCAACCGCCGCAGGAUCUUUCCCGACGUGCUCGACGACGCGUCACUGGCUAGGAUUGCCCUCUCCACCUCCGACAGCCUGUAUAGCUUCCUCUUACAGGUGCUUUUAGCGCACGAGCUACGAAUGCGCAUGCAGCGCGAGUCCGAUGUCGGGUUUGGUAAUGUGAGUCGCCGGAUCGUAGCUGCCAUGCAAGCUUCAGAGCGAUGGCUCGACGGCGUUCAUGUCAAGACGCCCGACCCCAAGGGGAACCCCGACUAUGUCGAGCUGCACAGUCUCGUGCACGAACGGCAAGUCGAAGGGCUAAUCCGGUUUGCCGAGAUGAUGGCGUGGCCAGCCCUUGGGGAGAUGCGCACAUUCUCAGAGGAAGCCUAUGCUGGCAUUAGGGCGGGCAUGAAGAGUAGCACACAUCUAUGGGACUGGCUCUAUGGUCUGAUGCUGCCCGGAAAUUCCUUCGUGUUCGCCAUCAUGGCAGCGCUAGUCGCAGCCACCCCAAGUUUGCAACAUCUUGGGGCCGCGCAGUAUUAUACAUCAGGACUAGUGUUGAGUGACCGGUCGUAUUGGCGGUCCAAAACGGUGCUGGGCCGUGUCCUGGGCGGGAUGAAGGGGGUCAGAGCGGCCAAUGGGUGGGUUGGGCCGUGCCCGGCCCCUGUAGAUGUUCGCGGGAAGGGCCUGAAGGAGGGUUGGUGGCGCAUUUGCGCGAGAGAUGUAGCCUUCAACGGCUUCAUGACCCGAGAUCAACCGACCAGUCAGAGUCGGUUCCCCCCUUUGCAUCGUCGUGAAGCCGAUUCGACCGCCGCCGAGUGGAUCCGUGGCAUGGUAGACCGUUCAGAAUGGGCCGUCCCUGUUGGACCAUGUGAAUCGUCCGAUCAUGUCGAAUUCUCCGCGGUGCGCUUACAGAAACUUGGCUCGGGGCUGCCAGAUGCUCCAGUGCCCGCGCACGGAGAAGACGAAAGGGGCGUUGAAGGAGUCGAGCCAGAGGCGGAGCAAAGAGCGGUUCUCGAGUUGUGCAUCAAUGGUCAACCGGCGAGCUUCACUCUCUAUAGUAACCCGGUCUUUCUCAUGGCUCCCGAAUGUAUAGAUGGACCCCACGCGGUGCACCAGCAAGACCUCUCCAAGAUGCAACACAUCUUGAAGACUAGUCAGCUACCGGGGUACGUUCACGACGACACUCGCGUGCUCAUCAUUGAUGCCACUGGGCAGGGAGAGUGUGAACUCGCUGCGCGGGCAUGGUGCUCUCAAUAUGGGCAGCACGCGAUUGUGACGAGAGGCCAACAACCAUGCUUCGCGUGUGCUAUCAAGGCUGCGAGCCAGGGCGGCCUUGUCAUCGGUUGUAUAAUUCGGGCUGGUCCGUGA